AUGGCCAUCGCUGAGAACGAUCGCCCAGCGUUCACGAUUCCCACCGUCGACCUGUCCAAAUAUCUUAGCAAUCCUGAGUCCCCUGACGUAGAUGAUGUUGUCGAACAAAUACGCACGGCCUGUGCAACCAGCGGCUUCUUUCAAGUGACAGGCCACGGAAUACCUGCAUCACUCCAACAGCGAGUCUUUUCAGGGGCAAAAGCAUUAUUUAACUUGCCAGAAAGUGAGAAACGCAAAUUAAGCGGCAAGCCUGGCCGCGGAUAUGAGGCGAUUGGGGCACAGGUUCUAGAAGAGGGUAAGAAACCUGACUUGAAAGAGGGAUAUGCCGUCGGUCGUGAGAUUCCCGACAAUAAAUCUCCCUUCAGACCUUUUCAAGAAGCAAAUAUCUGGCCAGAUCCCGGCGUUAUUCCCGAAGCCGAGUUCAAACAGCCUUUGCUCGAGUACCAUCAAGCCUUGUCCUCGCUCUCAUUUCAUUUGAUGCGAAUACUAGCAAAGGGGCUCCAGAACUUGGAUACCAGCGUCUUUGCUGAGUUUUGCCGGGAACCCAUUGCUACGAUACGACUUCUCCAUUACCCUCCACAUCCAGAAACAGACGAUGCAAGUCUCGUGGGUGCCGGUGCACAUACAGAUUUUGGUGCUAUCACCUUGUUGCUCCAAGACGGUCAUUCUGGUCUACAAGUUCUGAACCGAUUCACGAAAGAGUGGAUUGAUGUGCCACCGACCAAGGGUGCCUAUGUUGUCAAUGUUGGAGAUAUGCUGGAAAGCUGGACCAGUGGAGCAUACAAAAGCAACGUGCACAGAGUGGUCAAUACCAGCGGGACUGAUAGAUAUUCAAUCCCUUUCUUCUUGGAUGGGAAUGCCGAUUGUGUUAUUAGGCCACUGGACGGUUCGGGAGGAAAGGAGUUCACCGUGGAGGAGCACAUGCUGUCGAGGUAUGCAGCCACCUACGGAUAA